AUGAAGUUCCGGGCGCCUCCCCUCCCCGCUCCUUCAAGAAAGCCAGCAGUGCCUGAAAGGUAUCGAUUUGGCCCUUGCAUGACCAAGUGGACCGUGGAUUACCUCAGUCAAGCAUCAGGAAAUAAAGAUAAGGUUCACGUUUCUGCGGUGCCACAGAUGGACUUUUCCAGUAAGAACUUUCUGUAUAGAACGUUACCUUUCGAUGUAUUCAUAAGGAGAGCUGCUGAAGCCAAACAUACAGAGUACUUUAUUUCAGAGGAUGAAAAAUAUUAUUUGCGAUCUGGAGAAGACCCAAGGAAGGAGAUUGCAGAUCUCAGAAAGCAGUUUCCUCUGCUGGCAGAUGAUAUUCAGAUCCCAGAGUACUUUGAAAAAGAACAGUUUUUCUCCACUGUCUUCCGCAUAAGCUCAGCAGGAAUGCAACUCUGGACACAUUAUGAUGUAGGUAAUAUGUAUGGAUAACUCUUAAUUCAGGUGACUGGAAAGAAGAAGGUUGUACUGUGUCCUCGUGAUGCAACGUAUUUGUAUUUAUAAGGUACCAAGUCAGAGGUGCUAGAUGUGGACGAGCCAGAUUUGAAAAAAUACCCUCUCUUUGUCAAGGCCAGACGUUAUGAAUGCCAGCUAAAUGCAGGAGAUGUCUUGUUUAUUCCAGCUUUGUGGUUCCAUAAUGUGACUUCUGAGGAGUUUGGCGUGGGAGUCAAUGUUUUCUGGAAACACCUUCCUUCUGAUUGCUAUGAUAAGACAGACACCUAUGGAAACAAAGAUCUUGCGGCAGCCUCAAGAGCAGUACAGAUUUUAGACAGGGCACUGAAAACCCUAGAAGAGCUACCAGAGGAAUACAGAGACUUUUACGGCCGGAGAAUGGUUUUACGGAUUCAAGAAAAAACAUACAGUACAAACUAUGAAUAACGAGUUUUUUUACAGACAUCUGGUGAGCUAGCCUACAGACAUUGCACAUGGAUACUUUGCCAUGGAUACUUCCAUUGUUCACCAUUCCCCACUUAAUGUGCUUGUUGGAACUUUGCCCCAAGUUUAUAUAAGAGUAAAGCUGGAGUAUUGGUCCAUCAAUGAAUAGACACAUAAUUUGUCACCAAAAGAAUUUAUUUAAAACUUGUUUUAAAUAGUUUAGAUUACACAAUACAAA